CACGUGACGUCGCUGCGACGCCAGACAGCUCAGCUUAUUACCUGACGGCGCACUGCAGUCAGUGUGGCGGAGCCUCACGACCAACGUCAAAUUCUCCAAAAUGGAAGCUGACGUCCGUUGAUGGAGUAGCUUCCAGGAUGUUUAUUUGCUGAUGCUGUUGCAGUGUAUCAACGCUCCUGAGGGGCGGAAGAGGAGCAUCCAGCCAAGACUCCCGGUCACAACAUUUCGCCUUAUGUUAUGUGUUUUGAUUCCCCUCGCCAUCAUCUCCAUCUCCAAAGCGGAGGCAGAUGAGAGAUUAAAUAAUCAAUUUCAAUCAUAGAAGCAUCCGGAGCCUGGAGAAGCAAGAUGAAAUUUCCAAGUGAGAAUCCAAGGAAACCAGGGAACAGCCCUUCACCAGUGGCAGUUCAGACCAACCUGGUCCCACCUAAGAAGAUGCAGCCUGGCAUGCUUCAGUCCAGCCUUGUGCACGCCAGCGUUGCCACAAUGCAGAACCCGAUGGGCUGCUCCUUGCCCCGACUAUCCCGGCCCAGCAGUGUGGUGGCCAGCAUGGAGGCUGAUGGCUCAGCUCCUUUUACCAUGAUGAAGUUGAAGACUGUGUUGGCAGUGUUUGUUGUGGUGGUGGUUUACCUGGUGGCAGGGGGGUUGAUGUUUCGGGCUCUGGAGCAGCCAUUUGAAAAUAACCAAAAGAUUACCAUCACCGCAGAGAAAGCAGCGUUCCUGCACAAACACACAUGUGUGUCCCCGGACGAGCUGGAGGCGCUCAUCAAACACUCUGUUGAUGCUGUGAACGCUGGCGUCAAUCCUGUUGGUGAUACCUCUUAUAAUUCCAGCCACUGGGAUCUGGGUAGUGCCUUUUUCUUUGCUGGAACAGUCAUCACAACUAUCGGGUACGGUAACAUUGCCCCGAGCACUGAGGGAGGAAAGAUUUUCUGCAUUUUAUAUGCAAUAUUUGGAAUACCACUGUUUGGAUUCCUGUUGGCAGGGGUCGGAGACCAACUAGGUACCAUAUUUGUCAAAAGUAUUGCCAAAGUGGAGAAGACGUUUCGGAAUAAACCCAACCAGAUCAGUCAGACAAAAAUCAGAGUGGCCUCGACUCUCCUCUUCAUCCUGGCUGGUUGCAUCCUGUUUGUGACCAUCCCAGCCGUAAUCUUCAAACACAUCGAAGGUUGGACAGCUUUGGAAUCAACAUAUUUUGUCGUGAUCACCCUGACAACUGUCGGAAUAGGAGACUAUGUGGCAGGUGGAAAUCGGAGGAUUGCUUACCGCAAAUGGUACAGACCACUCGUAUGGUUCUGGAUCCUGGGUGGUCUGGCGUAUUUUGCUGCCGUGCUUAAUAUGAUUGGUGAUUGGUUAAGGGUGCUUUCCAAAAAGACCAAAGAAGAGGUUGGAGAAAUCAAAGCCCACGCAGCAGAGUGGAAAGCGAAUGUGCGAGCAGAGCUGAGAGAAACACGGCGGCGUAUGAGUGUCGAGGUCAGCGAUAAACUGCAGCGAGCCGCCACCAUCCGCAGUAUGGAAAGACGCCAGCUGGGCCUGGAUCAGCGUGCCGUGUCUCUGGAUGUGCUUUCUCCAGAACGCCGCGCCAUCUUCAAUAGCCUGGACUCGAACAACUACCAGACCUCCUCCCAGGAAAGUCUGGAGACAAAGUUGAACAAUCUUCGCUUAAGGGGGGCGGAGCAGUGUGACCGUCAGUCCAACCACGAAACCACACCCGAGGACAACAUUUCCAACCGCUUGGGUUCUGUCACCAAACUGGCAAAACGGAACAGGAAUCGGGACCUCAUGAAAAACAUCCCAGAGGACGCUCGCCGUCCUCGCAGUGAAGCCUACGGUUGGAGCACCCCCCCCUUUGACUGCAGCACACCAGUAAUGGACGAUGGGAAGAGGAAGGACGAGGAACAAGAAGAGAAUGAAGACAAAGAGUGCAAUACCAGCUUAUCGGAAUUUUCAUUGUUUGUGGACGUUCUUAAAGUGCAAGCUUGCAAGUCACAUAACGGGCUACUUCUUGAGCAGAACAAGGAGAACAAGAACGAGAAAACACUCGAAGUGGAAGAGGUGCACAUCGAGAUGUCUCACGUCUAAACGUUGUAAACAUUUGAAAUCUCACCAUUUGUGCCUUCGGUGUUUGCUUUUCUCAGCGUUUGGUCGGACAUCAUCUGAGGCGGUACUUUACGGUACUUUAUGUUGGGGGUGUCUGAGGUUUUUCAAAGUGAGGGCCACACGGUGAAAAAUGAAAGGGUGCAACUUUGGAAUAUCGGAAUUUCCCGUGUUUAAGCCGCAUCUACAAAAUUCAGAAAGAAAAAUACAAUUGUACAUAUAUAAACUGCCGCACAUCAUCAAAAGACGCAUGAGUCCAUGAGGACCAGGUAGGUCCUGAUUUGACAGGUGCCAAUCAACCCGUGUCAAUUUCAGACUUAAAAUGUAUUUGUUUCAUUCGGCUUAUUGCUGAUUUUGUACCGAUUUAAGCCUCCCCCGCAUUUCUGGUUAAACUCUUAUUGCUUCCUGUUUAUGCCCCGCCCAUUCCGAAUAACAAUACAGAUCAUUUUGAUGGGUGAACAGAUACAGGUAGUGGUGUACUCACUCAUCCCUAAUCAUUGCACAGCACUUAACACUCAAAAGGUUUACGUUGCUAUAUACAAUAUAAUACUAAUAAUACUACAAAUAUAAAACAAUAAAAUAUAAUUUAACAAGAAUUAAUAUGAAGAGCAAAAUUAUGAAGAGAAAAAAGGCAUUCUCUAACACGUAAACAUUUUUUUACGUAUUUUGGCGUCACAAAAAAGAAAAAGAAACAAAUAACUAAUUUGUAAUUUUUUUGAAAAUUAGGUUUGUGAAAGAAAAUAUGGCUAUAUGACAAUAAAUCUAAAAAUUUUAGGAAUAAAGUUAAAUGUCAAAUUAAAAGUUAAUUAAAAUGUAAAAAGUACAUUUAAAAUUUAAAGUUACAAACUUUACGUUACGAAAGUUGAAAUAUUUUUAUUUAAAAACACAGCAGAAAUGGGAAAAAAUGAGCAAAGAAUGAAGUUGAUACUAAUUAUAAGCUUUUUCACCUAUAUCGUAAAACUGAGAUGCAAUUUUUUUCUCCAAAUACUGCAUAUAUAACUAACGAUAUACCAUAUCAAGAAUUAAUAUGAAGAGCAAAAUUAUGAAGAGAAGAAAGUCAUUCUCUAACACGUAAACGUUUUUUUCAAUGAGAAUUAUUGCAGGGAAAAAAUGUAAAGACGAAAAGUAAUGAAAGGAAAGAAAGAAAAAAAAAGUAUUUUGGCAUCAUAAGAAACAAAUAACUAAUUUGUAUUUUUUUAAAUUAGGUUUGCGAAAGAAAAUAUGGAUAUAUGACAAUAAAUCUAAAAAUUUUAGGAAUAAAGUUAAAUUUAAAAUUAAAAGUUAAUUAAAAUUAAAAAAGUACAUUUAAAAUUUAAAGUUACAAACCUGUUACGAAAGUUGAAACAUUUUUUUUAAAAACACAGCAGAAAUGGGAAAAAAUGAGCAAAGAAUGAAGUUGAUACUAAUUCUAAGCUUUGUCACCUAUAUCACACAACUGAGAUGUAAUUUUUUUCUCCAAAUACUGCAUAUAUAACUAACGAUAUACCAUAUCAACAUGUGUUUUAAAACGUUGAUACCAACGUGUCUUUUGCAUCCUUUCAUUUUCACUAUGUGGUCGUUGCUAGAAAAGGUUUGGACACCCUUGAUUGAAGUUGGAAUUUGUUCCAGGUGGUAUCUUAUUAGUUAAUAUCAAAAAGUGAAAUGACUCAAAGAUUUGAAUGCUUUUUAAUACAUCACAGCAUACCCUAACAGCCCUUAAGACAUACUGCAUCAUGCAUGCCCACUGGUGAAUUACAGCAUCAUAGGUGUGACAAUACGUCCAUGAUUUCAUCCUGCGGAAAAACUAUUCUUAAAUCAAUAAUAAUAUAGUGCCAACCCAAUUUAGCUUCCUUUUUCAUGUCCUGAAAAAGGCGAGGACUUGGACCAGAAUCUUGAAUUUGGUGUACACUUUUUCAUGGCACCCAAAAAAAAAGUUUGAAAGAAAACAACAAAAUGAAAGUACUCACUUAAUAAAACGUUUUUGUCAUACUGCUGCCAUUGACAAAUAAACAACUAUGAAAUACCAGGAAAAUGAAGUGGUGAUUUGGACACCCCCCCCAGAAAGUUUUUUGGAACCGACGCCGUCUUGACUGUGGCGUCACGACUAGAACACGUUCCGGGAACAAGAUUCAAACACAUGCAGCCAGGAACCCACAGCAAAGCCAAGACAGUGACU